AUGCGGAUUACAAGUCGACUCCUUCAAUCCUGCCGGAUCACCUUGUUUACACGGGAAAACUGUGGCCUCUGCACACAGGCAAAGUCUGUCCUCUCCCAGGUCCAGCAAUCGCGCCCGUUCGAGUUCAGGGAGGUUGACAUCGUCAAGCCGGAGGCCAAGGGGUGGAAGGACCUAUAUGACUUCGAUGUCCCGGUGAUCCAUAUCAGCAAAGCCAGUGGACCGGGUGAAGAUCCAAAAAAGGCCACCCAAGCAGUCAAGCUUAUGCACCGCUUCAGUCCCGAAGAGGUAGAGGCUAGGAUGGAUAUCGUGGACGCUCCCUGA